AUUGAUGCUCUAACCGAUCAAAAUUUUAGCUACCAGCUUCCGGUCUUCUUGUUUUACCAAACCAACGUAGGUUUGUGAAUCCCAAACCAGAUCCCCUCGCUCACUCCCCACUUCACUCUCUCUUAAUAUUCUUAACCACCCUAAACCCUUGAAACAAUCCAAUGGCGUCCGCAUCAAUUCCGGCCCCACCCAGCCGGAAUUGGCUGGAACUCCCGCCGGAGCUCACCGCCUCGAUCUUCCACCGCGUCGGCGCAAUCGACGUCUUAAUGAACGCUCGGAAAGUGUGCAGAACCUGGCGCCAACUCUGCUCCGACCCGGAAAUGUGGCGGGUCGUGGAUCUCCGGUACACCGGCGAUCUCUGCGAUAUCGAUUUGCGCAAAAUGGCUCGCAAAGCUUUGGAGAUGAGCGCUGGACACCUCGUUGACUUGACUGUUCGACAUUUCGCGGAUGAUGAGCUGCUCAAUUUCAUCGCUGAUCGAUCAAGUCAGCUGAGACGCGUUAGUCUCAUAUCUUGCUUUAGCAUCACAAGUGAUGGUUUAAGUGAAAUGGUCAAAAAACUCCCUCUCUUGGAGGACCUUCACCUUUACCGCAUUCACGUCUCUAAGCAAGCUAUUGAAGUUGCAGGGAAACAUUGCACUCAACUGAAAUCAUUCAAAUUGAACAGCCAAGAUUAUGGAUAUUCAAAUAUUGGGUGCGAUGAGGAAGCUGUGGCUAUUGCAGAAAAUAUGCAUGGUCUACGUCAUCUGCAACUCUUUGGAAAUAAGAUUACAACAGAUGGCUUGCUAGCCAUACUUGAGAAGUGUCCUCAUCUUGAAUCUCUCGAUCUACGACGGUGUUUGAAUGUUGCUAAUCUUGAACCUGAUCUACUAAAAAGGCUAUCUCAGCAGAUGAAGGAUCUCAGGCUUACAUAUGACUCCCUUGAAGACUUCGAUUUAAUUGAUGAAAUUGAUGACAAGUUUGAUGAUUUGGAUUCUUUUGAUGAUGGUAAUGCUUCUGGAUUUUCUGAUAUCGACCUUGUCUCUGACGAUUAUGAUUAUGUUGAUGAGGAUGAUGAUGUUGAUGAUAAUGACGAUGAUGAUGAUGAUGAGGAUGAUGGUGGUGGCAGCGAUGAGAUGUAUUAUGUCUGAGGUAUUUGUUGAUGUUAAAUGUAGGUGCCUAUGUUGCCUGGUCGCACGAGGAAGUUGGAACAUAUGGACUUAUAUUGGUAGAUGAUUAUCAAAAUGGAGUUGACAAUCUACUGAAGCCCAGAAUUAUCAUAUGAUGCAAAAGCAACUUGUUGAUGGUGCUUUGGUGAGAGCUGUUGGGUAUUACUAGUCGUUUCUGUAUGAGACUGCAAGUACAUGUAUGUGAAAGCAGUUUAUGUAUAUCCCUGAUCUAUGGUUAAAACUUGGUGUUCUCCGAAAAAGUAGAAACAUUAUUUAUGUUCUAAUACUUCUAUCUUGCCUGGUUGUCUCUUCAUCA